AUGCCCUCGCAGACGUUGCUGUUCCAGUAUGCGAAGUCGCGGGCACAGGCCGUGAAGCGCGAGGCCGCUGAGAGAGGCGACGCGCCGAGUGAUGCUGCUGCGGCCCCAGCCGCCAAGAGGUCGAGGCGCGCGGCGAGCGCCCAGCCAGUCACGCCUGCCGCCGCGAGCGGUGGAGGCAUCAUCGCGGCGAAGGCCGAGGCAGCAUCGGCAGCGUCGGGUAGUGGAGGCAGCUUCGCUGCGAAGGUCGAGGUCUCCGUCAGGAAGAAAGCAAGAGGCGCCCCGCCAGCCCAGGCCAGCACGGCGAAGGCGCCCAGUCAGCCCAAGCCGCCCCCGGCGACGGCGCCCAGUCAGCAGCGGCCCAGCGUGCCCAAGGCGCCCAGUCAGCCCAGGCCGCCCGCAGCGAAGGCGCCCAGUCAGCAGCGGCCCAGCGUGCCCAAGGCGCCCAGUCAGCACAAAGCGCCCGCAGCGAAGGCGCCCAGUCAGCCCAAGAUACGCGCGGCCAAGGCGCCCAGUCAGCAGCUGCCCAGUGUGCCCAAGGCGCCCAGUCAGCCCAAUCCGCCUGUGGCGAAGGCGCCCAGCCAGCCAGCCGUGGCCAAGGGCAAUGGCAAGGGUAAGAAGGGCAAGGCCAACGCAGGCGAGGCGGCGCCCCCGCCCGCGCCCCCUGCCAAGGGCAAGGGCAAGGGUAAGAAGGGCAAGGCCAACGCGGGCCAGGCGGUCGACCCAGCAGCCGAGCAGCCCCCGCCUGCAGUGCCCGCGCCGCCGGCGGGGCGCAAGGCGGCCGCUGCCGCGCCCGCAACUCCGCCCCCCGCGCCGAGGCGCAAGGCGGCCGCUGCCGCGCCGCCGCCAGCCGCGGCAGCCGCGUCGCCCUCGCCGCUUGCUGAGCCCAUGGCGGAGUCGGCCCCCGCGGCCGCGAAGUCGCCGCCGCCAACCCAGAGCGCGCCGCGUACCUCGAGGGGCCGCCCAGGUGCGCCGCCCAUCACUGGGGAGAAGGCUGCGAUUGCGCGGCCCGACCCCGACGCCGAGACCAUCCCGGCGGCCUGCUUUGUCGACGCCCUCGUGGAGGAGGAGGCGGCGGGCGACACCCUCGUGGAGACAGUCGGCGGCGAGUUCCACGGCGAGUGGCCCGAGGGCGGGCGGGUCGAGGGCGAGCGGCACGCCUCUGACGGCGCACCUGCUGGGGAAGUACCUGAGGGGGCGGCUGCCGAGGAAGCACCUGCUGAGGAAGCACCUGAGGAAGUACCUGAGGGGGCGGCUGCUGAGGAAGCACCUGCUGCAGGCGCAGAUCAAUCCGCGUUGCCCCCGUGCGGCGGCAAGCCCUACGCGGUCCCUGAUGACGUCAAGGCUUUGAUCCUUGAUGCGUUGAGCCCGUCCGACGUCGACGUGGGGAUCAGGAACAAGAUGUAUUCCGCGAUCUCCAGGAUGGUCAAUCGCCCAACUGUGGACCCCACGGUCAGCGGCAAGUGGGCGGAGGCGCACUCGCAUGCGGACAAGUUCGCUUUCCUGAAGGUCUGGGUGGAGGACCCGAGCAUGGCAAAGUGGGUGGCCUCGGAAUCUCACGCGCGCUCGCAGGGUACCCAGAAGACGGAGAAGAUGGUCUGGAAAACGAAAUUCCAGGUGUACGCGGACCAUCACGCGCACCAGUCCGAGCCAGCCAUGAUCUAUUGCGACGCGUUGCUGUCCAAGGCAAAGACGCGCCCCAGUAGCAAUCCAAAACACAAGAAGGACAAGAACUUCACCGAGUACUAUGUCCCAGGGGAGCACUCGACCGCCAAGACGGACGCCGUCUCUCACGAGAGCCGCCUGGACAUCAGUGGGGAGUUGUCCGCCGCUAGCAACCCAAAGGUGGUCGAGGACCUGGCCCGUGGCAUGGGCAAGGGCUUGGAGGGCACAUCGCCGCCGCCUCCUACAAGGCCGAGUGCGAGGCGCAAGGCGCAGCCGAAGCAAGGGGCGCGGAAGACUCCGAAGCCCGACGCCAGCUUCUGCGCCCUCGCCGUGAACAAGUGCAUGGCCGACGUCGCCGAGGCUGGGAUCGUGAGCACUGCCCUGGCCAGCUCGAAG